AUCCCCGCAUUGUAGAUGAAUGGAUUCAGGGCCUGGAGUUUAUCUUUGAGGUCAUGGACUGCCCCGAUAGAUAUCGUGUAGUUUGUUCUCAGCUUCAGCUCACUGGUGAUGCUAGGCUCUGGUGGAAUGCCUACUGGAGCAUGCGUCCCGGUGAAAAAGCGGGUUGUACGUGGGACAUGCUCAAGGAGCUAGUCCGUGAAAAGUACUACCCUUCCUACUAUCGAGCAGAGAUGGAGCGUCAGUUCUUAGCGCUCCAGCAGGGCACUCGUACGGUUGAUGCGUACGAGCGAGAGUUCACUAGACUUGCAGCUUUCGUACCGGACCUGGUUCGCACGGAGGCUCAGAGAGCACAGCGGUUCAUCGACGGGCUUUACCCAGCAGUCCGUCAUAAAAUCGUGGGACACGGGACUCAGACCUACGCUCGUGCAGUUUCUAUCGCUCAGGAGGUGGAUGCUAGCAUCAGGAGGGAGACCGUCCGUGAUCGUGCCCAGCCAUCUGCCUCAGUUCAGCCAUUUGCAGCUCCACCAGCUCUACAAGCCCCUCAGCCAGCAAAGGAGAAGAAGAGGAAGGGGAAGGGUGCACAGACUGACUGGAGGACCCGACAGAGACAGCAGCAGGUUCCGCCGUGCCCGACUUACGGGCGACUUCACCGGGGAGAGUGCCAU